AUAUAUUAACAAAAACUAAUAGUAGUAGCGUUAUAUUAGGAGUUGAUAAAAUUUUCUCUUUCAAGAAAAUGUCGUUCGGCAAGAAACUGUUCCUCCAAAUUCUGUGGUGGUUUUCCUUGAUCGGUCUUAGUUCCCAAAUACGGAGUCAUUACAGUUUUGUUGUGAGAGAGGCCAAUUAUACGAGACUCUGUUCGACAAAAAGCAUAUUGACAGUGAAUGGAAAUUUUCCAGGACCAACUAUCAAAGUCCACAGAGGAGAAACAAUCUUUGUUAAUGUUUAUAACAAGGGCAACUACAAUAUCACUUUGCACUGGCAUGGAGUGAAGCAGCCAAGGAAUCCAUGGACAGAUGGUCCUGCAUACAUUACUCAGUGCCCUAUCCAACCUGGAAGGAGAUUCAGACAGAAGUUGAUUUUUUCUACAGAGGAAGGGACCAUAUGGUGGCAUGCUCAUAGUGACUGGUCAAGGGCCACUAUUCAUGGGGCUAUCUAUGUCUAUCCAACCAAGAAUACACCUUACCCUUUUCCCAAAGCUCAUGCAGAGAUUCCCAUCAUAUUUAGUGAAUGGUGGAAGAGUGAUAUUAAUGAGGUCUUCACACAAUUUAUUGAAUCUGGAGGAGGUCCAAAUAUAUCUGAUGCUCUCACGAUAAAUGGUCAACCCGGGGAUUUGUACCCUUGCUCAAUGACAGAAACGUUCGAGUUUCAUGUAGAGCAAGGCAGGACUUAUCUUCUCCGUGUUGUCAAUGCGGCAAUGAAUCUCAUUCUUUUCUUCUCUGUUUCAAAACACAACCUCACUGUUGUUGGUGCUGAUGGUAUGUUAACCAAGCCAUUGACAAGGGAAUACAUUUGCAUAUCACCGGGACAAACAAUGGAUGUGUUGUUGCAUGCCAACCAAGAACCUGAUCACUAUUAUCUGGCUGCAAGGGCAUAUUCAAGUGGUGUUGGUGUUGCCUUUGAUAACACAACAACCACUGCUAGAGUAAAGUACAGUGGUAAUUACACUCCUCCUUCAUCUCCUUCAUUGCCUAACCUUCCAGACUUUAACGACACGCCUGCGGUGUUGGACUUCAUUACAAGCUUGAGAGGCUUACCUGAGAGAUACCCUCGCCAGGUUCCAACAAACAUCACAACUCAAAUAGUGACCACUAUUUCUGUUAACACUUUGCCAUGCCCAAAUGGCAGAACCUGCCAGGGACCAAAUGGAACCAUUUUCGCUGCUAGCAUGAACAACAUAAGUUUUGACACCCCCAACAUUGACAUACUAAAAGCUUAUUACUAUCAUAUCAAUGGGGUAUUUAAACCGGGAUUUCCUAGAUUUCCACCCUUUAUAUUUAACUUCACUGGGGAUUUUUUGCCUAUAACAUUGAAUAUACCAAAGCAAGGGACUAGGGUUAAUGUACUGAAUUAUGGUGCAACGGUUGAAAUUGUAUUCCAAGGGACAAACGUUAUUGCAGGGAUAGACCAUCCUAUGCAUCUCCAUGGAUUCAGUUUCCAUGUUGUUGGAUAUGGGUUAGGCAAUUUCAACCAAAGCAAGGACCCCAAGAAUUUCAAUCUCGUGGAUCCUCCUUAUUUGAAUACAGUGAUUGUGCCUGUAAAUGGUUGGGCUGCUGUUAGGUUUGUGGCUACCAACCCUGGAGUAUGGUUCAUGCACUGCCAUCUGGAACGCCACCAAGUUUGGGGCAUGGAGACGGUGUUUAUUGUGAAGAAUGGAAAGGCUUCAAAUGAAACGUUACCACCACCACCGCCAGAUAUGCCCCUCUGUUGAAGAAUAUUAAUCUAUACUUUCUCUGUUUAGUGGCCUUUUUAUUUUGAUAUAUUCUGUUUAGUGACCUUUGAUUCGUUGAAAACAAUAUGAUACACAUUUGUUUUACCUUAUCUUUCAAGAAGGCAUGUAUUGGAAUUUUGGAGAAAAAAAUUGUCUUUAGUUUGCUAUUUGUCAUAAUUUAAUAGUUGUUUCAUUAUUUUUUGCA